UCCUCUCCGCUUCUCUAGCAAACUCCCGCUCCCGCUCUAUCUCGACGAGAGCGCGCUAGCGUUCCCCCCGCAAAACCCUAAUUUCUACCCCCAUAUACUCCUCUCGAUUCUCCCGAAACCCAUUCCUUUCGUUAAUGGCGACACGAAUCCCUCGCCGCGUCCCGAAGAAGAAACCCUAAACCCCACCGACCGAUCCCUCGCUUCCGUCCUCUUCUCCGAUCGAAUCGCGAACGCCAACAAUGCCGCCGAUGCACCAUCCCUCCGCCGCAGCCGCCGCCGUCGCCGCCGCCGCGGCGAAGCCCCACCACCAUCGGCGGCGCGGGUGCUGGAGAUUCUCGUACUUCGUCCUCGUCACCGGCUUCACCUGGUUGUUCUUCGGGAACCUUCUCCUGAAGAAGUGGGGCGCCUUCGACCGCGACGGCGGGGACGGCCUCGAUCUCGGCUUCGUAGCCAACGAUCUCGGCAACAUCGGCCGCGAUCUCGGCGCCGCCGGACGCUAUCUCGACGACACCGUCGAGAUGGAUAAAGUGACGACGUCGCCGCCGCCGCCCGAUCGGAAGGUGUUCUACCUCUCGGAGUUCGGCGGCGUUGGGGACGACGCCGCGCUGAACACCGACGCGUUUGAGAGAGCGGUGAGGGAGAUCGAGAGGGUUGGAGGGGGGAAGCUCGUCGUGGAGCCUGGAGUGUGGCUCACGGCGCCCUUCAACCUCACUAGCCACAUGACGCUCUACCUCACGGAAGGCGCGGUGAUAAAGGGAGUUACGGAUAAGGAUCUGUGGCCUUUGAUGCCUCCACUGCCAUCAUAUGGACAAGGGAGGGAACUUAGUGGUGCUAGAUAUGGAAGUCUGAUUCAUGGUCAAUAUCUACAGAAUGUGGUCAUUACAGGAGAAAAUGGUACCAUAGAUGGACAGGGUCAAGCAUGGUGGACCGCAUUCUCAGAAAAACGCCUCAAGCACACGAGAGGACCCCUUGUGCAGUUAAUGUGGUCCAGAGACAUAGUAAUUUCUAAUAUUACCCUACGAAAUUCUCCUUUCUGGACGCUCCACCCUUAUGACUGCAAAAAUGUUACUAUUUCUAAUGUCACAAUAUUGGCUCCAGUUAGUAAAGCACCAAAUACAGAUGGUAUCGAUCCAGAUUCUUGCGAUGGUAUGAUUAUCGAGAACUGUUAUAUCACCGUAGGCGAUGAUGGAAUAGCUAUAAAGAGCGGCUGGGACCAGUACGGAAUACAAUAUGGAAAACCAUCAAAAAACAUAAUAAUCCGGGAUGUUGUUCUUCGAACUACUGUGAGUGCUGGAGUCUCGAUCGGCAGUGAGAUGUCGGGCGGGAUCUCGAACAUAACGCUCGAAAACAUCCUUGUCUGGGACUCGAGGCGCGGGGUGAGAAUCAAGACCGCCCCCGGGCGGGGCGGCUACAUCCGCAACAUCACGUACCGCAACAUAACAAUCACCAACUCCCUCGUCGGUGUCCUCAUCAUCACCGACUACCCCGAGCACCCUGACGGCUUCGACUACUCAGCCGUCCCCAUCAUAGAGAACAUAUCGUUCGACGGUCUCUACGGCAAGGACGUGCGCAUGGCCGUCCGGCUCAAAGGCAGCGAGCUGAUCCCCGUAAAGGGAGUGAGCUUCCGCAACGUCAACACGCAUAUCAAAUACAAAGGCAAGAAGCCGUUCCAGUGUUCGUACAUCGAGGGCCGCGGGGUUCUGCCAAUUCAUCCUCAGCCCUGCGAGAGCCUCGACCUCUAUGACAAGAAAGGUAAUCUGGUGAAGCUCGGAGUGUUCGAAAAUGCUUCUCACACCGAAGAUUACUUCUGAAAAACAUAGGAACUAGUUGGUUUAGGUACUUGAUUCUUUUUGAUCCAUUUUUAGUUGUUAUUAGAGCUUAGGGUAUACUGGUGGGAUCUUUUUUCGAUUGCUUUAGGAGUAGUACGUUACAUAUGCAGGAAUAAAGAUGUUGAUCAUAAUUGCUUAGUUUGUGUACAGGGAUAGAAAUGGUUAUGGUUAGUUAUAAUAUUAGUUGAA